AUGGCUGAAAUCGUUGUCACUGCCGUCAUAACUGUGCUCUGUGAGAAGCUGAUCGCCGGAGACUUGAUGAAGCUGGCUCAAUUGGAAGGACUCGACUCUAAGCUGAACAAAUGGAAGAAAACCUUGCCCCUGAUCCAAGCUGUGCUUGCUGAUGCAAGUGAGAAGCAGAUAACAAAGUCAGCUGUUCGAUUGUGGGUGAACAAUCUCCAAGAUUUGGCUUACGACAUAGAUGACGUACUCGAUGAAUUGACCACCGAAGCUCUGCGACGCAAGCUGAAUCAAGAAUCUUAUGCCAGCACCAGCACUAGUAAGCUAUUCAAAUUCGUCCCAACUUGUUGUACUGAUUUUACACCUCGCAACAUUAUGUAUGGUCAACAUAUGAGUUCAAAGGUCGAUGACAUCACUACCAAACUGAAUGAUAUUGUUGAGGUGAAAAAUGGUCUGGGUUUAAAUGUGUAUGUGAACGUUGAUAGCUCAAAUAGAACAGAGAGACGCUGGGAGAAAACAUCAGGUGCUGAUGAGUCGGAAGUCAUGGGUCGGGAAGGGGAUAAAUAUGUAUUGUUAGGGAAGUUGUUGGGGAGUGAUGAAAAAGUGAAGAUAGUUUCGAUAGUUGGUAUGGGUGGGAUUGGCAAAACCACUCUUGCCAAAGCUUUGUAUAAUGACGAUAAAGUGAAAGAUCAGUUUGAACUAAGGUCAUGGGUUUGUGUUUCGGAAGAGUUCAAUGUACUUAAUAUUAGCAAGGCUAUAUUUCAAAAAGUAAAUGGGAAAAACAAAGAUUUUGCUGAUCUAAAUCUGCUCCAUGAGGCACUUAGGGAAAAACUUCAAAAGAUAAGGUUCCUACUUGUUCUAGAUGAUGUUUGGAAUGAAGAGGAGAGUAAGUGGGAACUUCUCAAAAACCCUCUUGUAGGGGCACCUGGAAGUAAAAUUAUGGUCACAACCAGGAAUACUAGGGUCGCAUCAGUGAUGGACUCUGAUGAAGUUUACCAUCUGGAUGUUUUGUCAAAUAAAGAUGCUAUGUCUUUGUUUGCACAACAUGCACUUGGUGAAAAAAGCUUUGACAAAUACCCAUUACUUAAAUUACAUGGUGAAGGUAUCAUAAAGAAAUGUGGUGGAUUGCCUUUAGCUUUGAAAACACUUGGGAGGGUCUUGAAGGGAAAUAGAAAUGAGGAUAAAUGGGAGAAGUUGUUGAAAAGCGAGAUAUGGGAUAUACAAGAUGGAAAAGAGAUUCUUCCGGCUCUAAGACUAAGCUACUAUCAUCUCCCUACACAUUUGAAGCAGCCAUUUGCAUACUGCUCCUCAUAUCCGAAGGAUUAUGUUUUUAAAAAGAAAGAAUUAGUCCUACUGUGGAUGGCACAAGGAUUUUUAUCCCAGUCACAAAGCAAUAAUACAUCAAUGGAGAGUUUAGGUCAUGAGUAUUUUGAAGAGCUACAAUCAAGGUCAUUUUUUCAACAAUCACCGAAUGACAAAUUAGGAUAUAUGAUGCACGACCUAGUAAAUGACUUGGCCACAAGUGUCGCAGGAGAGUUUUUCUUUAGAUUAGAUGAUAAGAUGGAUGCAUAUGGAAAGCAUGAAACUUUUGAGAAGUUUCGUCACUUUUCACUGAUUGGUCAACAAUGUGGAUCAUAUACAAAGCUCAAGGAACUACAUAGAGCAACACGCAUGCGAACUCUCUUACUAGUGCCAUAUGGUCGGGCAGGUGACAACUUAUUGGACAAUUUUCUUGCUGAAUUACUUCCUGAACUAAAGUUCCUAAGGGUGCUUAGCAUAACUAGGAAAAUCACUAAGGUACCAGAAUCCAUUGGUAGUCUCAAGCAUCUUCGGUACCUGAAUUUUUCUUAUGCUCCAAUCACAUGUUUACCUGAACAAGUGAGUCACCUUUAUAAUCUACAGACCUUGUUGCUUCGUGAUUGUUAUUACUUAUCUAGCUUGCCAGCAAGUUUUGUGAAGUUAAUAAACCUAAGACAUCUUGACAUUAGUGGUACCUUGAAACUCCAAAACAUGCCCUUAGGGAUCGGUGGGUUGACAAGUUUACAGACUCUAACUCAUGUCAAAAUUGAGGGACUUAACGGGUUCAAAAUAUCCGAGCUUAAAAACCUAUCAGAUCUUCAAGGCCGGCUUUCCAUCAUGGAGUUGAACAAAGUGAUUAAUCCAGUAGAAGCAAAGGAUGCCAACUUACAUCAAAAGAAAGGUCUUGAUGAUUUGCAUAUGGAGUGGAGUGAUGUAUUUGAUGAUUCUCGGGAUGAGAUGAUUGAAUAUGAAGUACUUGAAGGGCUAAGGCCUCAUCAUAACUUGGAAAACCUCAUGAUUUUGUACUACAUGGGACCACGAUUUCCUAGUUGGAUUGGUGAUCCUUCAUUCUAUCGUUUAACAGAGCUAAAAUUAUAUCGUUGUAAAAGUACACAUUUACCAACACUUGGACAGCUACCAUCCCUUGAGAGAUUGUUUGUUGAAGGGAUGGAUGAGGUGAAGACUUUGGGUUUUGAGUUUCUUGCACCUGAUGAUUCUUUCCUUGGGAUUGCAUUUCCAUCUCUUGAAGUUCUGAAGUUUUAUGGUAUGCCAGGGUGGGAGAGAUGGUCAACUAAUAAUGGUCAAGACAAUGGAAGUGGUAGAUGGUUUCCUCGUCUUCGUGAGAUCUCUAUAUCAUACUGUGGGAGACUAGAAGAAGUAUCAAUUGGAUUGAUACCAUCACUUCGGGUUUUAAAGAUAGAAGAAUGUUCCGCAGAGGUGCUAAGAAGCAUGGUUAAUUUGUCUUCAUCACUUGUUGCAUUGAGCCUUUCGAAUGUUGAAGGACUUACUCAACUACAUAGAGAAAUUUUAAUGCAGCUUCGGUCAGUUGAAACUCUCAACAUUGAAUAUUGUCAUGGACUUAGACACUUGUGGCCGGAGCAAGAAUGGAAGACAUGCAAGAUUUUUCCAUGUUUACAAACGUUGGAGGUAAGUCAUUGUAUAGAGUUGGUGUCAUUAGGAGAGAAAGAGAUGAUUAAUAUGGGGAGUAUGAGUAUCAUGGAAUCUAUUAAAGAAGUGAUGAUUGUUCGAAAUUUUGUAAUGGAGAGUUACACUUGUCCACGUAGUGUUGAGAGGUUACGACUCUUUCAAUGUAGUUCAAUGACAUCCUUCACCUUCUCAACAUGGCAGGAGCACCCCCACCCCACUCCAGAGAAAGGUUUUGGUUUUCUUCAAUUUUUUUGUCUCAGAUAUCUUCAGAUUGGUGAUUGCAAGAAUCUAAAGUCGUUUCCUCAUGAGCAUUUGCAAAAUCUCACAUCUUUGGAAGAACUGUUUAUGAAAGAUUGUCCAAGUUUGGAUUACUCAUUUCCUUGUGGGUUGUGGCCUCCUAAUUUAAGUACCCUAUCUAUAGGUCGACUAAAUAAACCCAUGUCAGAGUGGGGCCAUCAGAAUUUUCCAACCUCAUUGGUUAAACUAAACUUAUCUGGCCAAAAUUCAGGAGUGGUUUCAUUUGCAGUUGCACAAUAUAUGAGGAAUGCCGUUGCUCCAUCAUCUUUUCUUCUUCCACCAUCUUUAGUUUCUCUAGAACUUGAAGGUUUUAUGGAUGUAGAAUCACUAUCGGAGGUCUUACAACAGCUACCAUGUCUUAAACAUCUUCUUACUUCAUCAUGCCCGAAGCUUAAAGAUCUGCCUAGACAACUUCCGCCCCAUAAAGAUGUGAUAGUAAGAGAGGUAUGUAAUCUCCAUGCCUACCAUCACUAUCUCUUGCGAAAGUACUAA